GGAGGUCGUUAGCAUUACUUGCAGCGAACCAGAGACGACACAAGCAUGGCAGCUGUCGCGGAGCACCGUGUUAUCGUUUACGGAGGAAGAGGAGCGCUAGGAUCGGCAUGUGUCCACUAUUUCAAGACCAAAGGAUGGUGGGUAGCAAGCAUUGAUAUCGUAGCGAACGAGGAGGCGGACGCAAACAUCCUCGUAAAGCUCUCUGAGUCUUUUACGGAGCAAGCCGGCCAGGUGACGGCUGAUGUAGCUCAGUUGCUGGGGGAACAGAAAGUGGAUGCCAUUCUGUGUGUAGCAGGAGGAUGGGCUGGAGGAAGCUGCAGUUCCAAAGAUCUGUAUAAGAACAGUGACAUGAUGUGGAAACAGAGUGUGUGGACCUCUACCAUCUCUAGUCAUCUGGCCUCUCAGCAUCUGAAGGCAGGAGGUCUGCUCACCCUGUCUGGGGCCAAAGCAUCACUGGGGAGCACUCCAGGCAUGGUGGGCUAUGGCAUGGCUAAAGCAGCAGUGCAUCAGCUGUGUAAAAGUCUGGCUGGAGAGAACAGUGGUCUUCCCUCUGGAGCUGUGGCUGUGACCAUCCUACCAGUUACCUUGGAUACGCCGAUGAACAGGAAAUUCAUGCCUGACGCAGACUUCGGGAGCUGGACGCCGCUGGAAUACAUUGCAGAAAUGUUCUACAGCUGGGCUACUGGGUCUAACCGGCCUGCCUCAGGCAGUCUCAUACAACUGGUUACCACAGGAGGGAAGACAGAGGCCACUCCUGCAGCACAGUAACGAGAGAGAACAGUUUACAGCAUAUUUGGAUGGUAGAGCAGGAGAAUUUUAGUAUUCUGAUAAAUUGAGAGAUUAAAGAGGAAAAAAAAAACUAGUUAGUGUAUAUAAGGGGAUCCUAUGAUUUUCUUGAGUACUACCCAACUGUGCCAUACAGAUGGUUCAUUUAAUUCCAUUGAUAUCUUACCCCAAUGCUCAUAAAUAUCUCUUUUUCUUUGUGUCAUUUCUGUUCAUGAUUACUGCCAAAGCAAAAUAGAUUUUGGUAGUAAUAUGGCAAUAUUAGUUUACUAUUAGCCUAUUUUUACAUCCACCCAAGCAAAGUUAUUUGAGAAUUUUAUUCAGGCUACCUGAUCUCGUGAAAAAGAUGCCAAAUAUUGACAAAUAUCAGUAUUCAACAUGUUCUUGUUGGAAAGCGUCAUUAUUUGAUGUGGUUGCAAUUAUGUGCUCUCUCCAUUGGAGGUCACUAUUUUUUUUUCUCAGCUCUCAUUUGUAGUUCAGCAUUAUCUCGUUAAUGUCAUUCAUUCAAAAAUACUACAAACCAGGUGAAGAAAAAAUGACUAAUGGGUAUGAUUAUGGUUAUGGUUAUGGAUACUAACUUUUCACACAACUGUGUGACAUCUCACACAAUCAUGAAAUGAACAGGUCAUGGUAUACGUCGAUUGUUGCUGUUUUCCAAAUGUCAAUAUAUGACAUAUUUUCAAGGGAUCCAGUUUCUUCAGGUCUUCACUGUGAUUUUCAGAAGUGUUAGCUUGGCCCUCUCUUUCUCUGAGACCAGUGGAGUUUAAGAGUACGCCGCUGUCGUGUGUGAAACGUACAGCUAAGCUCCACACACAUUUGGUCUUGGCCUGUGUUGUGGUCUUUGUGAGUGUGUGUGUGUGUGUGUGUGUGUGUGCAUGUGUGCAUGUGUGUUCAUGUAUGUGUAUGCACUUAGGUGCCACCUGAAAAGCAGUGUUUGCGUGCAUUCAUUUUGAGAAACUACUCUUUCAAACUUUGUGCUGAGUGUUCUUCUGCUGUUCUGUGUGUAUGAGCUGAAUGGGAAACAGCAAAAAAUCAAAUAAAUAAGAUAACAUUUAAAAACAAGAUUGGCUGGUUAACAUG